CCAGUUCUCGUGGUUCUUGCACAUCUCAGAUUUUAGAAUAAUUAUUGUUGUUUGUUGUUCAUGGGAUGAUAGGUCCGUUGGAUAUGCACGAAAGUGUGCAGAAGAAUUUUUAGUUCAUUUUACUGCAAUCUCUACAUGCUCUGAAGUGAAGAUAGCUUCCAUCAUGUUGGUCCUGCUUUGACGCAAUGAACAUGUUGACACCCGUGCUGUAAUCACGAAAGAAUGGCUACUGGUAUGUCAAUGGCAGCCAAUGUUUGGGAGUGGACAGUGCUGACUUUGUCCUACAACCAGUCGUAGUGCAUACCUUUAUAGCAACGGUGGCUGGGUGCGUGAAGAAGAAGAGGAGAAUUAAGUGCAUUAGUUUGGAAUGAGUGAAAACAUUGGCCCAAUUCAGCGCAUUGGGACCGCUGAAUAUUCUGAAGUGCCUGACGAUUGAGACGGCUGCUAACACGGUUGAAUACAGCAAACAGGGGGUGCUCCACUCCAGUCUGACCGACGACCAGAGUUUAGACUAGGACGUGACGGCUAUGGUGCAGGAUGAAGUAGUGUCCGUGGAGGAGGAGAGUGUGACGUUGGGGCACUGCAGCCAGGAGAAGAGCGCCAGCAGCAGCGGGGUAGAUGACGUGAUUGGCGAAUUUGACAGUGUGGGAGUAUCGAGUAGGCCUUUUCAACGCAUCCCUCGCAUACGACUAGCUCUUCAAGUGAUCGCGUGCAUGGUGGCGUACUGGAUUAGCUUUGGAACGGAUCUGGCCAGUGGAAUUGAAUAUGCUCAAUUGAUCCUGCCACCAUGUGGCAGCGUGAUGGAUGGAAAUAGCAGUGAUACGAGCGAUCAAAUACGAAAUGGUACAUUGGUGUGGACAGCGACUAUGACAACCAGUCUGCCCAUGGCAGUGACAAACUCGAGUCUCCACACAGCCAUACCGAACUCAGACAAUGAUGGUCUGUAUGCGGCAGAGUGUGGAGGCUUUGGAGGGACGGCUACCCAAACAGCAUGGGUGUCAUCGAUUGCAGCUGGCUUGCGAGUACUGACUGGGUGGACUGCCAGUGUUGUUAUUGACGCAUUCGGUGUUAGGCCAACAGUCAUUGUAGCCAGUGUGACGUACAGUCUUGGAAUGCUGACCGCCUCGUUCUCGACCAGCCUCUAUCAACUGUACUUGUCGCGUGGAGUAGUGGUCGGACUGAGUGCUGGCUUCCUUCACACCGCUCCAGUUCACUGCCUGGCGCUCACCUUUGAUCGCAGGAUAUCAAUUGGCACGGGACUAGCGUUUGUGGGUGCAGGCAUCGGUGUGAUUGUGAACGGUUAUGCAGGCAAGGAAAUCAUUGAAAUUGCCGACUGGCGGUGGUAUUACAGAAUGGUUUCCGGCGUGUCACUCUUAGGUAUUGUUGCUGCCUUCUUCCUCUUCAUUGAUCCCAGCAAGAGUGUUGAACAUCCUAAUGCCAGCAGCAAUGCAGACACACCGGCCAAGCUGAACGGAACCGGCAUCGGCACUACAGCACUACGCACACUACGGCAUGGUUUCGUCGAGCUUGGCAGAUCCGUUCGCAAAGGACUCAUUCUGUACCGCGAUGUGAACUUCCUCUUCAUGCUGGUAGCGUACCUGUUCUUCUCACUGGGCUACAUGUUUCCAGUAGUGGCAGCUAGCCAUCGCUCACGGGAACUAAACAUCACAAGCAGUAGUCCAUAUCUACAGGUUGCUUAUGUUGGCUACGGUACUUUAGCCGGUGCCAUUCUGGUAGGAAUUGUUGGGUCUUUGUGGCAGCUUCGUGGAACCCUUACGCAAGGCAUCUGCCUUUUCCUGAUGGGAUUGAGUACAAUGCUGAGUGUAUUUGUCACAAGCCGAUCUGGACUGACUGCUUACAAUCUGAUCUUCGCACUUCUGUCUGCGUGUGCCGCUGCCUUGUGUGGCCCGGCAUCGCGGGAAGUAGUAGCAGCGGACAUGACGGUGCACGCCUUGGGCCACUUGUACUUGAUCAGUGGAGUACCGACCACACUGGGUAUACCCUUGUCAGGAUGGAUAUACGACACAACACAGAGCUACACGAUCCCGUUGAUAUUCGGCGGAGUGAUGCUAAUUCUGGGAGCCAUAUUCUUGCUCAUAGCCGAUGUCCGCAUUUAUCGACGGCGGAAGCGGCCAGGAAAGCCACUUUCACACAGACAAUCGUCCGUUGAAAAUGCCUUCGAAUUUUCGCACCCGGAUUCUAGUCCGGAUUUUGUCGCUGUUUUAGAUGGCACUGUAUGACACAGGGAUGGCUGCUAAUGCACACUGUAUUACUGUGCUUUUAAAGUUGCACAAACUCGCAACCAAACCAGUGAGUGAUGGAAGUAUACUUCACCUUGCUUUGUCACAGUUUGGUUAGAGAAGAUCUUUGCCACUGUCGCAAGCAAGUUCACAUGGAGCAGAACUACCUAUACCCAAUUUAUUUAUUUACUUGAGUACCGUAAUCGCGUGAAUAGUGCCCCUGGGGCACUAUUUUUCAA